AUGCAACCUAGUCAACAUCGAUACGUAAAAAUAUCAGAUGAUGAUGACACAAUAUGCUUGGCUGUCCGAAAUUGGCAAGGCCAAGAACACUUAAGUAACACCUAUGAACAAAAUAUAAUGACUUCAAAUUCUUUUGUAUUUUCUGCUUUUGAUAUUCACUUGCGUCACACGAUUGUCUUAAAAUUAUUCUGCGUCAAACCACAUGAGAAAUUAACCACAAGACAAAUAAGAACUAACAAUAAUUUCUUUCAAGAACAAAACAAUGAAGUUUUUAAGUAA